UUUUUUGCUCAGUGUCAGUGGGGGUGGAAUUUCGACCCCUGUUCUGCUGCUCUGUUUGAUUGGUUGAACAGACUCGAUGAUGUAAUAUGACCUUAGGAUCUCUGUGCCCAGUCCAUUGUGUUUGCAUUGCUGGUAACUCUGUGGCGUGCCAAUCCUGUUUGGAUUUCUUCAGGGUGGCACACUGGGAUUAUAAUGGGAUCUCAAAGGGAUUUUUCACACCACGUUGACAGUGAGACCGGUCUUUUUUCCCCACUGGGCUGUAAUGUAAUAAAACACGACUGUUUUAAAUAAGAUUGAAUAGCACAGCUGUCGGCCCCCUUUCUGUGUUUUAAAACUUGUUUCAUGCUUUCUUUUUAAUAACUACAUUUCAUUUAACUGGCAGAUUUCAUUUAAGGAACGUUUGCACCAGAAUUAAAAAAGGCAAAGUUGCAACCCCAUCCCAUUGUUCUCUCUGUCUCUCACUCUGUCACUCCUCCAGGUUCCCAGGGUGCAGUACCCUCUAGCCUCUCCUACGGGAAAAUGUCCAGCAGCCCAGCUGGCUCUCAUACCAGCUCCAUGGCUUUGGCCAUGAUGCGAAGGUCCACCUCCAGCACUGACCACAACCUGGACCCCCGGGACCGGACCUCGGCUCUGCUCGCCUUUACCGGACUCUCAGACAUGCCACGGAUGGGCUCGCAGCCAGUGUCAGAGGCUCAGCUGUGUGCACCCACAGGCAGGUACCACCCCCUCGUUAUCACCUGCACCACUCAGACCCACCAAGCCACGCCCACAGCGACACACUGCAGGGAGGAGCCUCUCAACCUCUCCCACCGUGGGGACGCACUCCCCGCCCUCCAGCCCGCGCAAGCCAAUGGCAAGAUCGCAGACUGUCGUCUGCUGUGGGACUACGUGUACCAGCUCCUGGCAGACAGCCGCUAUGAACCUUUCAUCCGCUGGGAGGACCGCGAGACCAAGGUGUUCCGCGUGGUGGACCCCAACGGGCUGGCCCGACUCUGGGGGAACCACAAGAACAGGGCUAACAUGACUUAUGAGAAGAUGUCCCGUGCGCUUCGGCAUUACUACAAAUUCAACAUCAUCAAGAAGGAGCCCGGACAGAAGCUGCUGUUCAGGUUUCUGAAGACCCCCAGCGAGAUCCUGCAGCACCGCGCUGAGCGUCUGGAUCAGGACUCACCGGAUUACAGGGAGGAGGUGCUGGAGCUCUCCCCCUGAGCCCGUCCCAGGACGCACUGCUGACCCCCAACAACCAAUACCCCUCAACCCCCCAACCCCCAAACCCCAACCCCAUGCUCCAUUUGGAGCUGAACUAGCCUGCUGAGGAGAGAGUAUGGGAGCAGUGUUUGGUGAUUGUUUUGCACUGUAUUGACUUUUAAAUGGGCGGUUUUAAACAAGGGCAGGUAAAGUAAUUUGAAACCUGGGAAAUGAAAUUGUGACCUCAAGGAAACCGACGAAUUGCGAUUGUUAUAUUAGGUAGAACACUGCCCCUUGUGGACACUGUGGUACUGCACCUGAGACUGCAGCGAGACCUCAGAGUCACGCAGAGUGUAAGAGUGGACCACUGGAAAACCUCUUGCUACCUCCCUCAGGGAAGAGGUUAAGCACACUACUUUUGUCACUGUAGCUGUCAUGUAUGUAGCUUCAGGUGUUUUUUUAAAUGUCUUUCCUUUGCUUCAAUAUAAUGCAACAGAGUUUAAAGAUGAUUUUUUUUGUUUGUUUUAUUGUUAUAUUAUUGUGAUGAUUGUUUCAGGAAAUGCACGGAGUGUUUAUUUGUAAAUAUUUUGGUUUUCAACCGGAGCCUGCCAGUUGUAAUAAAGUGUGUUUCAGUA